AUGGCCUCGCAAGACGGGCAGGACAUCCAGCUUAGCGUGCCAAAAUUCUCUUCUUUCAAAUCGAAAGAACCCAGCAAAGAGGAUACUCCAAAACUGGACAGGCAUCAUGAAAUACGCCGCAAGAGGCAGAGCCGUGAUGAUGAGAAAUCAAGCAGUCGCCGGGCUGACGAGGACCGUGGUUCUAGACGCAGUGGCCAGGAGCCUCGUCGCCAUAGAGAUCGUGACCGUGAUCAUCGAAGAUCUCGGAACCGUGGGAGAAUUGCUGAUCGGAUAGAAAAGCCGAAGCCUGCUUCCAAGUUGGAGGGCGUACCAGGUCUUUUCAUGAUCGAUACAAAAGGUGACCCCCUGAUCAUAAAAUACGGGGGUCUUGAUAAAUCCCAGAUACCUGCCUACCGUCGCCACGGGGGCGGCAGGGUCCUCGGUACGGUGGGACGCCUAGUAAUACACCGUGAUGGGCCAAGAAAUCAAUUUAGUCUUCGCAUGCCCGGUGAAGGAUUUUCCACUUUUGCAGGCCGGGAUGGGCUUCGAUCAAAGUUGCCAAAAGUGGCAUCCAAGCCAAUCAGAGCGUCUUCCCGGAAUGCAAAUGUCGAUGCCAUAGACGAAGCCGACGGUUACAUACCAUUGAGCUCGUCCAGCAAACGGAAGCGAGAUCAAGCGGAUGAGCAAUCCUCGGAUGAUGAACAGCCCUCAUAUCGGUCUAUUGAGGGCAAAGCAAAGCCACGAGAACAUUCAGAGAGUGACUCUGAUGAGGAUUCCGACAUGUCAACCGACAUGCUCGUCACAGGCCAAAACAAAUCACUUAAACAAGAAUCCAUCCGGCUAAGCAAACGAGUAAAGGAAUCUCCAGAUGACAUCGGUGCUUGGCUUGAGCUUGUAGAACAUCAAGACGCCUUGCUGAGAGCUGGUGAAGAUUUUGACCAUACGAUAUUAGAAAAUGAAGCCCAUAGUUUCGCAGAGAUCAAAGUAUCAAUGCUUGAAUCGGCUCUUGAAAACGUCAAAAAUGCGGAAGACCGCAGACGCGUUCUUGUUCCUUUGAUGCGAGAGGGCGUCAAGGUGUGGACUGGCAAAGCAGCUGCUAAGAAAUGGUCAGAAAUAUUAGAACAUGGAGAUGAUGAUUUUCUUUUGUGGAAAACACAUCUCGACUUUUUGACUUCGAAUAUUGCAACAUUUCAAUAUGAGGACGUCAAAAAGGUGCUUUUAGACCGUUUAGGUUUCGCUUUGUCUCGUCUUACAUCAGACCAGCCAAAAGAAGCCAUAGAAGAAGCCAUAUUUGUAUUCUUGAGGGCUACUCGCUUCGUUUACGAUGCCGGCUACAAAGAACUUUCUAUUGCGGCUUGGCAGGGUCUCUUGGAGCUCAACCUCUUUAGGCCACUUGCCAUCGAGGACAAACAAUUUGCGCUGGAAUCUUUUAAUGAUUUUUGGGAAAGCGAAGUUCCUCGCAUAGGAGACGCCGGCGCAAAAGGGUUUCGACAUUAUGUCGAGACUAACGGCACUGGAGAGGCGGCGGAGCCGGUAAAGGCAAGCUCAACUAGUUCGUCUUCGUCGCGAGACGUCUACAAAGCUUGGGCUUACUUGGAGCAAUCUCGUUCGCAAGAGGCUAAUAUGCCGGCGAGGACAAUGGAUGAUGGGACGGACGAUGAUCCAUUCAGAGUCGUCAUGUACUCUGAUAUCAGUCCCUUUCUCUUUUUGAUACCAGCUUCCCUUCUACCAGUGGUUUCAGGCCAGCUGAUUGAUGCGUUUUUGCUCUUCACCGGCUACCCGCCGGCAUUUAGAGCGAGCAAUUGGACUGAAACAGCUUAUGAUGACCAGUUUAUAUCAUCUUCGCGCAUCAAAAUCGACUUGGAGCCAGUUAAGCAUAACGAUGAUCCAGACAGUUGGCAGAGAAUCGAACCACGAUUUGAUACGGGCGUGAAGGCGGCCGCCUCUCCUUCUCUGCUAUUUAGUGGCUCGAAGUGGUAUCGAUAUAUUGCGACAAAGCCACAAAAUCCUAUUAUGAAUCCGGCUUGGAUUUUAGAAGCAUUGAAGCAGCUUGUUCAUAGCGGUGGAAUAGAAGAGCUGGCCCAGUAUUACCUUGCAGUAGCCUUUUCUAACGAUUCUACUAACAUCAAGAGGCCUGCUAAAGCACUUCUCAAACAAUAUCCUGCUAAUGCCGAGCUAUAUAAUGCCUAUGCCCUUUGCGAGUUCACUAACGAUCCCAACGUGGCGAACAAAGUGCUGAGAGCCGCAAUUGAAUCACCGUCGCUAUCUGAAAAAUGGUACAAAUUCUUGUUUUAUAGAACUUGGGCAUGGAUGGAAUUUGAAAAUGGAAACGUCGAGUUGGCAAAGGUGCGGCUCUGUUCAUCGAUGGACGACACCCUGAAAGUGACAGGGACAGAUGUUCUUGAAGUGAGCAGUACUAUACUUCUCAAAGCCCAUCAAACGUUCACCUCAGAUUUCCACCAAUAUCUCACAUAUGGAGAUUCAGUUGGAGCGAGCACACUUGCGGAGUGCAUGAUUUUGCUGUCGUACCUCACAGCUUUGGAGAAUGAAGAACCAACAUCGGCAUCACAAGGCAAUAUUGCAGCAGCAAUGAACACAGUUGACGUGAUUUCUCGAGAGUUUCAGUCUCAAGAUAAAGUCGGCGCCAAAGCUCAUGAGCGGGUCUUUCAAUUUGCUACGCAUCUUUUAUACCUACAUGCAUCAAAAGGGCCCUUCAGGAGAGUAUACCUACGAGAGAAGCUCUCGGCUUUCAUUCGCCAGUUCCCGCAGAACACAGUUUUCAUCUCCAUGUUUGAGUGGGCAGAUGCGAGCCUCCGUGUCAUUGAUGAGACGCGUGACCUCUUGUAUGACCAAGUUUUAGUGAAAGAGCAUGACUGCAUUAGCAGCCGCGUGUUUGUCAUUCAACACGAGCUUACACACGGCAACACCAACACGACAAAGGCAGCAUUUGAACAUGCUCUGGCGAGCGAUGUUUGUCAGAAUAGUUCCGUAUUGUGGAUCUCUUACAUUCGCUUCUGUUACGCUCAAAAGCAGCUACGUGCCAAGGCAAAGGAUGUGUUUUACAGAGCAUUGAGGCACUGCCCUGGGUCGAAAGAAGUAAUUAUGGAAGCUUUCCUGACGCUAAUUCGCGAUAUGGAAUCGGAUGAACUCAAGGCAGUGUAUAAUACGAUGACUUCGAAGGGGAUGAGGGUUCAUGUCGACAUGGAAGAAUUUCUCGGCAAGCACAGACUUGAUACGUCGAAAGAGAAGAGGAGAUGA